AUGGCGCCUUCCUUGGCUAUGGACGGGACUCUGGACACAUGGACAAAUCCGAUAAUGUACCAAAGUGGAUUCACUCCUGGAUCAGUCAUAAUGAAGAGAUAUUGUGUUCACCGGAAGCUGGGGAGCGGCUCCUUCGCCACUACGUACCUGGUGACAGAUGCAAAGGAUGCUGAGGCUCAGAAGGUCAUCAAGAGAAUCCCAUGUAACAGUGUGAAGGCAGAUGCCACUCUCCCAUCGGCUAGAGAGGCCAAGCUUCUGGGCAGUCUUAGGCACCCGUUCAUCGUCCUCUUCUUGGGAAGCUUCCUGGAAAAUGAGGAUUUCUGCAUCGUGACUGAGUAUUGUGAGGGUGGAGAUCUACACUAUGAACUUCACCAGCAGAGAGAUAAAGGACUGGAAAUCUCAGAAGGACACGUCAUGGAAUGGUUCAUCCAACUGUUACUAGGUGUUAACUAUCUUCACGAGAGGCUUGUUAUGCAUAGAGAUUUAAAGACAAAAAACAUCUUUCUAAAGAAUGGAACACUUAAAAUUGGUGACUUUGGAGUGUCUCGCGUCCUUGUGCCAUCUGAAAUGGCAACUACUAUAACAGGAACUGCUUCUUACAUGAGCCCCGAGAUCUUCACUCAGGACGGCUACAACUCCAAGUCUGAUAUCUGGUCUCUGGGUUGCAUCCUCUAUGAACUGUGUACAUUCAGACGUGCUUUUGACUGUCCUAGAUGGGUCAAACUGGUAUCGAUGAUCGUUAAUGAUCCAUGCCCCAACCUUCCGUCCAGAUAUUCUGCAGAGCUCAAUGAUAUUUUGCAAAGGAUGUUGUCCAAAGACCCAGAGCUACGUCCAAGUGCCAAAGACAUCUUAAACUUUCCUUAUGUCAUUGAUAGAGCAAAGGUUCUGUCAGGAUGGCUGCAGGAGGUGCUGAGUCACGACAGGCAGGUCUCUGUGAAUGAUGAUGCUGCCAGGAUCGCAGCUGCCAUGCAGGAGAAGCUGCAUCUAGACAGUCUACACGCCAUGAGGAUUGUGCAGGAGAUGCCACCACGUCAACGUCGAAGAAUCCGCCAAGAGGAGCAACCAGAGACCUGUAUGAGAAAGCUAAAAAGGGCCGUUGAGCGAGUUUAUCAGGAAAACCAUCGGAAACUGGAAGAUGACAGAAACUAUGAAGUCAAAAAAAUUGCCUGGAUGGGGAACGAAUUGCAUCUAGCUGAUGAUGAUGACAAAGUCCUGGUAAGCAUCCACUUGAAAGUCCUGGUAAGCAUCCACUUGAAAGUCCUGGUAAGCAUCCACUUUGAAACCCUGAUGAGCAUCGACUUGGAAGCCCUGGUAAGCAUUCACUUUAAAACCCUGGUGGGCAUCCACUUGAAAGUCCUGGUAAGCAUCCACUUGGAAGCCCUGGUAAGCAUCCACUUGAAAGUCCCAUUAAGCAUCCACUUGAAUGUCCUGAUAAGAAUCCAAUUGGAAGCCCUGGUGAGCAUCCACUUGAAAGUCCCAUUAAGCAUCCACUUGAAUGUCCUGAUAAGAAUCCAAUUGGAAGCCCUGGUGAGCAUCCACUUGGAAGCCCUGGUAAGCAUCCACUUGAAAGUCCUGGUAAGCAUCCACUUGAAAGUCCUGGUAAGCAUCCACUUGAAAGUCCUGGUAAGCAUCCACUUGAAAGUCCUGGUAAGCAUCCACUUGAAAGUCCUGGUAAGCAUCCACUUUGAAACCCUGAUGAGCAUCGACUUGGAAGCCCUGGUAAGCAUUUACUUUAAAACCCUGGUGGGCAUCCACUUGAAAGUCCUGGUGAGCAUCCACUUGGAAGCCCUGGUAAUUUGCAAUGGUUUGAGAAAUGGUAGCAUCCACUUGGAAGCCCUGGUCAGCAUCCACUUGGAAGCCCUGGUCAGCAUCCACUUGGAAGCCCUGGUCAGCAUCCACUUGGAAGCCCUGGUCAGCAUCCACUUGGAAGCCCUGGUCAGCAUCCACUUGGAAGCCCUGGUCAGCAUCCACUUGGAAGCCCUGGUCAGCAUCCACUUGGAAGCCCUGGUAAGCAUCCACUUGGAAGCCCUGGUAAGCAUCCACUUGGAAGCCUUGGUCAACAUCCACUUGGAAGCCUUGGUCAACAUCCACUUGGAAAAAGUUUGCAGAGAAGAUGAGGACAGUGAGGAAGAGGAGACUGACACCGGUUCAGUAUUCACUAUAUCAUUACCUCUGUCAGAGCAGCAGAGUAACACGCUGAGUGCAUACCAGAGCUGUCUGCGAAGGUUCCUGGAUUCAAACACUGAAAGUAAGUUUAAUUCAGAGGAGGCGACGCUAACCAACUGCAGUGAAGAGGAGAUUGUGUUUCUCAGACAAAACUGUAUCCGGCUCCUGGGAGAAGACGGAUUCUGGGAGGUGUACCAUUUCCUGAAACAAGUCUAUAACCAGCAGGACCUGGGUACCUUAGUCCCGGAAGAGCAGACUCUCUGUGAACCUCAAGUGAUGAAGCUGUAUCCUCAUCAUUGUUAUAAAGUCCAGCAGCUCUUGUUCCUGGAAGAAAGGAAGGAAAAGGAUUCCGGGGAUUCCUACUUUUCCUGGCUAUAG